AUGGCCAAAACCUUCGACUUCGUCAUCGUUGGAGGCGGAACAGCAGGAUGUCUCCUCGCCCAUCGCCUCUCCCACUCACCCGCCAAACCGUCGGUGCUCGUCCUCGAAGCCGGCUCCAACCCCGAAGGCGAAUACCUGCGCGCUCCAUUCCAUCGCUACCUACCCGCCGCUCUGCGGCCCGACCUCGAUCAUGGCUACGUCUCGGAGCCCGAAGCAGCACUUGACGGUAGAAGAAUUCCGUACACGAGGGGCAAGGGCCUUGGCGGUAGUAGUAUUAUGAACUUUGGCGUGUAUCUGUACGGUUCGGGGGAGGACUACAAUCGGUGGGGGGAGCUGGUGGGCGAUGAGAGUUGGAGGUGGGAUAGUGUGAAGGAGUCGUUUCGGGCUAUUGAGAACUACGAGUUUGACGGUGCUGCUCAAUACGCGCAUCUAGCUGAUCCGAGCGCAAACAAUCAUGGCACAUCGGGUGUUUUGAAGGUCGGGCUUCCUCCCCUUCUGGAGAAGGGCGUCGUGCCGCAGAUGGAAGCUGUCUUGGCUGCGGGAGAUAAAGUGUGCUUGGAUCCUAACUCUGGGAAUCCAGUUGGUGUGAGUAUCUUCCCGAGUAGUUAUAGCAAUGAAGGGAGAAGCACGAGCGCGAUUGCACAUCUGUUGAAUCCACCGGAGAACCUAGAAAUCUGGACGAAUGCAAAGGUCCAGAGGUUGAUCUGGGAGGGGACGAGAGUGGUUGGUGUUGUUACAAGCGAUGGGCGGGAAGCGGCGGCGACUAAAGAGGUCAUUCUGUGCGGCGGCGCAAUCGACACUCCCAAAUUACUCCUACUGAACGGUAUUGGCCCGAAAGCCGAGCUUGAGACGCUGGGUAUCGAGGUUAAACAGCACCUCCCAGGCGUAGGAAAACAUCUGCAAGACCAUGUGCUGGCCUUCAUGAGCGUAGAAGUCGACGGCUCCUCAAACGACCGCUACACGUUCGAGUCCAACGAAAACCUCGUCGCCGAAGCCGACAAAGCCUGGAAGCAAGAUCAAUCAGGUGCCUUUGCACUGCAGCAAAGCGUGCUAUGGGGCGGCUUCCUCAAACUCACCGGCCUCGAUAAUCUACCCGAGUACCGUGACUUACCUCCGGAUCGAAAAGAGUUCAUUGCCAGAGACGCGGUGCCAACGUACGAGUUUAUCAAUAAUUCGCUCCUCUGGCCCCCGGGCACCCAGCUUACACCGGGCAACAGCUACAUGACAUGCAUCGCCUUCCUCAUGAACCCGCAAUCUGAAGGCUCUGUUACGCUAAAGUCCACCGAUGCUGAUGAUAACCCGAAGAUUAUGUUGAAUUACCUAACACAUCCGUACGACGCGCGCAUCAUGCGUGAAGCCAUCCGUUCCACCUGGACGAAGAUCAUAGAGAACCCAACAUUGAAGAACAGUGUCAGGAAGACGCUGUGUGGGCCAGCAUCCCUGUCCGAUGACGACGUCGACGCCUUCAUGCGGGCUAACUCAGGUACCGUGUGGCAUGCGAAUGGGACUGUAAAGAUGGGCAAAGCGGGCGACGAGGGGGCGUGCGUGGACAGCGCGUUCAAGGUGUUCGGUGUGCAGGGGCUACGAGUUGCGGAUCUGAGCGUGUGCCCGCUUACGACGAACAAUCAUUCCCAGGCUACUGCGUAUCUUGUGGGGCAGAAAGCGGCCGAGAAGCUGCUUGUCGAGUAUGGACUAAGAAAUGGUGAUGAAGGGCGGUCGAAGCUGUGA